CACAAAAUACUGUACAUUGUUGUUUAAAGUUCUUUUAUUGAUGUAAAACAAAUGGACGUGUCAUUUUGGACAAAUUUCAAUGUUGACAAAGUAUCGAAAAUUUCCCGCUUUAGCACACAGCAACACCAACAUAAACGCGCACAUACACACAGAGAGACCAAACGUUCUAAAGUACGACAUAUUGAAAUUCAUUGAAAUUGACAUAGUCAAAUGUCUGCCAUCGUCACAGAAUAUCGUCAAUUUUUUUUUCCAUCGUUCGUGUUCCAGCUCUCUUUCGCACUCUUUUUUACUAUCAUACAAAACUGUGAAUGAACGGCAAAUUGAUUCAAGAAAAUAAAGAAAAAACGAAACACCACUCAAAAACGUUGAAUGACGGCAAAAUUCCAAAUAAAUUCAAAGUACAAUUAUUGUAUACAAACAUCAGCUCGUUAACCGUGAAUGCGGAAAUAUUUCACGGUCAAUUUAUUUGGUUAAAAACUAUCUAUAAAACAAGAAUCAAAACAUUAAACUACGAUCGACCAGCGAUUGGUUUCUUUUUCUUCGCUUCACGUUGCGCUAUAACGAAUUUGUUCAUAUUGUGUGACAAAACUUUUGUUCUACUUUGACAAACAUUCGGCACUUAUUUUUAGUCCAUAUAUUCGGUUGAUAUUGAAUAGAACGAUAGCAGAAGAAAGAAAAACAUGUGUUACAUUAAAAAAACGGAAAUGUAACCGCCCGAUAUUCGCAAAAUCGACGAAAUAACAAACAACAACUUUGAAUGUAUUAAUCUGCCGCUGGACAGUACAGAACACUUAAUUGUUCAAGUUCAUUGUGUAUGCGUGCAUUUAUUAAAGAUGUCAUGUCCAACAUUCAAUUGACACAGAUUUGAAUAAGCGAAGAGACAGAUCUUCGCUGCGCUCAUCAAAAUCAUCCGUAUUUUUUAUCAAAAUUUUAUACAUCACAACAUUUCUAAUAUUUAUUUUGUGGAGUGUGAACGGGGCGCGUGUGUGUAUGUGUAUAUGUGCACGUGAGAGAAGCUGGUUUCUCUUGAUUUUUGAAUAUGCAUGGUAAAAACGAUCAUAUUUUUGUGCCAAUCGCUCCAACCGAUACAAACGUUGCGCCGGGCAAAAAGAGUUGUCGACGUUAUUGGAACCAGUUAUCACGUCUUCAACGUAAUAUUAUAAUUGUAUUGAUCUCUGUACUUUGCGUAAUACUUCUUCUGUCGAUACCGUCAAUUCAAAGUAAUGAUUCAGCCAAUAAAGAAUUAAUUUCAAAUCACAUUCAAAUAACACCGAUACGCGAUCAAACGAACAAUGAUUUGACCGCAUUUGAUGUAAGCAAACGGAAAUCCAAACAUCAAGAUGAUAAUGAAAUUCAAGUACAAGCAAAUGAUUUAAACAGCAAUCCGAUAUUGGAUGAUGCGGCAAAUGAAAAAGGUGAUGACGGCAACAAUGUGAUGGCAAAUAAUGUGAUUGACAACGUAGAAAAUGUACAAAAUAGUGCAAUCGAUGAAGGUGAAAUUAGCACAAAAGUCAAAGUGUUUAAAGGGCCAACAAAUGAUUGGCAGCGUGCUGUUGUUGGCGCUGCCAAACAUGCAUGGAGCGGAUACAAGAAAUUUGCAUGGGGCCAUGACAAUCUUAAACCAAUUUCAAUGGGAUCGCACGAUUGGUUUGGUUUAGGUUUAACCAUAGUCGAUUCCCUCGAUACCCUGUACAUCAUGAAUAUGCAAGAAGAGUAUGAGGAAGCCAGAAAUUGGGUCGAUUCAUAUUUGAAAUUCGACGUUAACCGUGACGUUAAUUUAUUCGAAGUUACCAUUCGCGUACUUGGUGGUUUACUGGGCGCAUACCAUUUGUCCGGCGAUAAAAUGUUUUUAACAAAAUCAACUGAAUUGGGUAAUAGGCUAAUGCCAGCAUUCAGUUCACCAUCUGGCAUACCAUAUUCGGAUGUAAAUCUUGGCACGAUGGUAGCACAUUCACCAAAAUGGUCACCAGACAGUUCAACAAGCGAAGUGACAACUAUUCAAUUAGAAUUCCGUGAUUUGACCCGUAUAACAAACGAUCCAACCUUUGAAAAUGCAGCGAAUAAAAUAAAUGAAAAAGUGCAUAAUUUGGAGAAGAAAAAUGGUCUGGUACCAAUUUUCAUAAACGCAAAUACAGGAACGUUUCGUAAUUUUGCAACAAUAUCAUUGGGCGCUCGUGGUGAUUCGUAUUAUGAGUAUCUAGUAAAACAAUGGAUACAAACGGGCAAAAAGACUAAUGACUUUUUGAUCGAAGACUAUAUUGCCGCAAUUGAUGGCGUUAUCGAGCAUCUGGUGCGACGAACACCAAACGAAAAAUAUGUAUACAUUGGUGAAUUAAUCAAUGGCAAAGAUUUCAAACCAAAAAUGGAUCAUUUAACAUGUUUUCUGCCCGGUACAUUGUUGCUUGGCUAUGUAAAUGGUAUGCCUGAGUCACAUUUGCAUCUGGCUCAAGAUUUAAUAGAAACCUGCUAUCAAACGUAUGCAAAACAACCGACAUUUUUGUCACCCGAAAUUGUUUACUUUAAUUUGAAUGGCGAAAGUGAAACAGAUAUUUAUGUAAAAUCAAACGAUGCACACAAUUUAUUACGGCCCGAAUUUGUUGAGAGUCUAUAUUACUUUUAUGCAUUAACCGGUAAUACGACCUAUCAGGAAAUGGGCUGGACGAUUUUUCAAGCGUUCGAAAAGUAUACAAAGGUGAAAAAUGGCUAUACGUCCAUUGGUAAUGUGAAAAAUGCUUUAAACACCCGACCACGCGACAUGAUGGAAUCCUUUUAUCUUGGCGAAUUAUUAAAAUACUUUUAUUUACUGUUCAGCGAUAACCGCAAGGAAAUCGAUUUAGAAAAAUUUGUAUUUAAUACCGAAGCGCAUCCCAUUCCCAUUCGCAACAAUUAAUUGUGAUCAUUUAACGAAUUAGAAAUAUUUGUUUAAAUUUUUAUUA